CCAAAACAAGACAGAAGAUGCCCCCAGUUUCAAAGAAAUAUCGACAAAUGAAACCAGAGAACUUAAACGUUCUGGGACUGAAAAUGAAUCUUGAAGACUGGGAGAAAGUAUAUUCCGAAUGGGAUGUGGACGACAAGGUCUCAGUCUUUAACUAUAUCGUUAUCUGUAUGCUUGAUGAAGCCUUACCCGUGAGAACAGUUCGCGCACACUGUACGGACAAACCGUGGAUGACCCCCAAUAUUAAAGCGUUGAUAAAAGCAAGACAGAGAGCAUUUACGAAAGGGGAGACACCGAAGUAUAAAAGUUUACAUGCAAAAGUUACCAAGCUGAUAUCCAACGCUAAAGCUACGUACUACAAAUCCAAGGCUGAAGGCAACCAUCAAUCCAAUCCCGCCAAAUGGUAUUAAACGAUUUACAAGCUAGCGGCAGCAACCGAAAAUCAACAAUCUCUGUCCUCGCCUGACCACGCUGACCUAAUGAAAAUCGCUGACAGACUACAAAGAAGUUUUACUAAGCCUUGGCUGGGAAUUCAACCAGAUCUUCCCAGACUUUAAGCGGUAGAGCAUUUGCUCAAGGACAGCCACCCACCUCUACCAUCCAUUGGCCAAGUCAAAACCGUCCUAAAACACCUAAAUCCUAGGAAAGGCACUGGGUCGGAUAAUUUCCCUGCAUGAUAUCUUAAACGGUACGCAGAAGAAUUAGCACCAGUGGUCCACGAUAUUUUGGUUGCAAGCAUAGUUCAAUGCAAAUAUCCCACCUCCUACAAGCAUGCAAUCAUUAGUCCCAUACCAAAGAUCCGUCCACUCACAGACCUAGAUAAUGACUUUCGCCAAGUUUCCGUGCUACCACAACUAGCAAAAGUUAUCGAGAAGCUACAGCUGCAACUCAAUAAAUCCAGUUUCAAGAUCAAAACAAACCAGCACGCCUUUACGAGCGGUCACUCCACCGUGUCUGCCCUUACCUCCAUAUCUCAGAACUGGUUCGACUCAACGGACAACUCCUCAACCGGUAGACAAGGUGUCCACGCCCUAUUUGUUGAUUUCCGGAAGGCGUUUGACUUGGUCGACCAUAAGUUCCUUCUGGACAAGCUUGCUGAUAUGAAUGUAACAAGGAGUUUCUGGUUAUGGACAAUGAGUUUUCUGGAGGGAAGAACACAACAGGUAAAUCUCCAAGGUGUACUAUCCUUUACUGCAUCAUGCCCAGCCGGCGUCCCUCAGGGAUCUGCUAUCUCGCCGACCCUAUUCAACAUACAUAUUAACGAUAUGGAGGAAAAUGUUUCUGAACAGGCAUGUGUCAACACAAUCAAAUAUGCGGACGAUUGCACCAUGGAUACGUCCAUAAGAUUAGGAGAAUUUAGCGAUUUGCAAAGCGCUCUGGACUCAGUACAAAGUUGGGCUGUGGAAAAUAAAAUGGAACUGAAUGUCAAAAAGACAAAAGAUAUGUGGAUUAACUUCAUCGAAGCACCGCCCCCUCUACCACUGCAUAUAGGAGAUGCUAUCAUAGAAAGAGUCGAUAAUUUUAAACUCUUGGGAGUCGAUAAUCUUAAACUCUUUCAAAAGGACCUGAAAUGGAAUAAACAUGUCGAGGAGACCACCCGCAAAGCAGCUAAAAACCUGUACUGCCUACGAGAAUGUAGAAGAGCGAAUCUACCAGUCGAAGUGGGUCUCACCACUUAUUUAACUAAAAUCAGGCCUAUCCUUGAAUAUUGUUUUCCAGUGUGGGGUGGUCUGCCACGAUAUCUAAAGGACGAAUUGGAACGUGCGCAAAGGAAGAGUCUACGAAUUAUUGGCCUCCCGCAUGGUUACCUGCCAACUCUCGAAGAGAGAAGAAUUGAAGCCACAUCGAGGGAACUCGUUAACAUCUUAGGUGAUCCAAGUCAUAUCUUUUAUCAACGAACUAUGGAACAUAAUAAACAUAACUAUAAUCUUAGGCGUAGAGACGGUAUAUUUAAAUACGCACCUUUCUCAGGCACUGAACGACACAGAAAUAGUUUUGUCCCACGAGCAAUGAGACAGGGGUUGCACUAAAACCAAACUUGGUUUUUAUUAACUUUUUAAAUAAUUUCCUAGACUUUUAAAUUUUUUACUCCAAAUUGUAUAUAUAUAAAUUUUAGAUAGUUUGUAAAUAUUAUUGCAUGCUUAGUUAUGCUCUUCUCUUUUAAUAGACAUAUUUGUAAAUCCAUUGUAUUUUUAAACUAAAGAUGGAUCAAUAAAAUCAUCAUCAUAUAUAUAUAUAUAUAUAUAUAUAUAUAUAUAUAUAUAUAUAUAUAUAUAUAUAUAUAUAUAUAUAUAUAUAUAUAUAUAUAUAUAUACAUGUUUUGUGUAGAGCAGGUUCUCCAGUAAUAUGUGUAGCUCAGUGGUAUACCUAAGCAAACAUUUUAGAACAUUUAUGGUUAUCAUAGCACCACACUAGUUAUCAGGUCUCCCUGCAUAUCCUAUUUGUCUAUUUCUUUAUUUCUCACAAAAUGGAAAGGACAUUUUGUCAAUGAUUUCUAUGCAUUUAUUAUUAUUGUUCUCAUAGAUGCUGAAGUGACUAAACUAUCAAAGUAAAUUACUAGUUUGUUGCUAUGACAACACAUAAAUGUUCCAAAAUGUUUGUUUUAUUAAGUGCACUCACUAACUGUACAAAAUUUCAUUAAAUUUCGUUGAAUCACUUAGAUAUUAGGCUUUCUUUUUUUUGCUACCAUAUUAAGCACAACCAGUGACGUCAUAACACAAAAUACAAAAUGCCUGAUAACUUAAGGUCGUUCUUCAUAAGGCACGUUCAACUAUGCAUAAAAAUUGAAAACCAUUUUCAAAACUUCCAAAUGAUAUUAAAAUUUGAAUAUCUGUAUGUGCCAUUUUUAAUCUUUUAGGAAUUAAAACAACAUCCUUUAUAACAAUGCCGUUCACAAAGCCAACGACAAAUAAUACUUUCAAUAGUGGAAGAACGAAUUUACAAAACGCCAACGGUGACAACUCAGAUAUUUAUUUAUCAAUAAUUUUGCCAAUCCUGGUAAUAUUGACACUUUUGGUUCUUGUGGGAGCAAUACUUUAUUGGAGAAGGUUUGUAUCAUUCUAUUCUAAACAGGAUGGUGGUAAAGGAAGACUAUUAAUAAACGUUUUUCGAAAAAUAAAUCGGAAAUUUCACGAUUCACGAAAAGAAAAACAAUUUUACGUUUUACAAUGACGUUUAACGCAAAAUUCCUCUUUCUAUUUCUUUUCACGCGUAAAAUGGCUGAGUAUAUUGACUUCACAGAAGAUAUCCUACAGGCAACAAGAACAAAAUAACGACUUGAAAAAUAUUAAUAUAGGCCUACCACAUACACUAGCUAUAGUCUGAUAGCCACUCAAUAUAAACAGAAAAAAAGUACUUUUUUGACGUUUCGAUAUUAUGCCUUUAUAUUAUAUAUGCCUUCCUUUACUAGAUUUUUCAAGGAGAAUUUAUUGCGCACACAUGCCUUCACCAUCGGCGGCUAGCGCUUGAAUAAAAUUGUACCUAUAGUAAUUAAGAGGCCGUAGUUCUAAAAGGGAGAUGGAUGGCCUUGCAUGAAAGUUAGUGAGAUCGAAGAUGAAGACAGUUAUACUGAAACUAAAAUUAUUAAAUUGAAUAUUAUUCUUUUUUAAGACGCAACAAAGAAAAUAAUGUUGCUACACAAGCGGUGCAAGAGCAAAAUCAAGAUUCUGGAAGGUAGGAAAUUGAAAGACUAUACCGCAUAGAAUCUCUCCUAACAGAUAUCUGUCUAUAUAUAAUACGGUCUUUUCUAGUUUUUCUCAUACGAC